CUUAUACACAAGAUGAGCAGCAGUGACGAGGAAGAUUUCGAUAUCGCUGGUAAUAUCGCUCUAGACGGCUCAGAAUCAGAAGCUUACUCCAGUGAUGAUAACUCUGAUGUGGAGGUUCAAGAUGAAAUCAUCUCUUCAGAUGAUGAUGAAGAUGAACAACAAGCUCCAGCUAAAAGACAAAAAGUUGCACCUCAACAAAAGAAAAAAGAUACUGCAUUCCCUACUUUAGAACUUUCUGAUGAUGAAGGUGAAUUGGAAAAGAAAAAGGAAGAUGUUGAAUUUUCAAGUUAUUUCAAUAUAAAGUCAGAAGCUACAAAAGCUAAAGCUGGUUCAUUUGCAAGUUUUGGUUUAUCAAAAUUUGUUUUGUCCAAUAUUUCUAAAAAAGGUUUCAGACAACCAACACCUAUUCAAAGAAAGACAAUUCCAUUGAUUUUACAAAAUAGAGAUAUUGUGGGUAUGGCUAGAACAGGUUCUGGUAAAACUGCUGCAUUUUCAUUACCACUUGUUGAAAAAUUAAAGAUUCAUUCAGCUAAAGUUGGUGCAAGAGCUUUAGUUCUUUCACCUUCAAGAGAAUUAGCUAUUCAAACUUAUAAGGUCAUCAAGGAAUUCUCAAAAGGUUCAGACUUGAGAACUGUUUUACUUAUUGGUGGUGAUUCUUUAGAAGAUCAAUUUUCUUUAAUGAUGUCAAAUCCUGAUAUCAUUAUUGCAACCCCAGGUCGUUUCUUACAUUUGAAAGUUGAAAUGAAUUUAGAUUUGAAAACCAUUGAAUAUGUUGUGUUUGAUGAAGCUGAUAGAUUAUUUGAAAUGGGGUUUGAAGAACAAUUGAAUGAAUUAUUAUCUGCAUUACCCCCAAACAGACAGUCAUUAUUGUUUUCUGCUACAUUACCUAGAUCCUUAGUGGAUUUCGCUAAGGCUGGGCUAACAAAUCCUGUUCUUGUUAGAUUAGAUGCUGAAUCCAAAAUUUCUGAUCAAUUAGAAAUGUGUUUUGUUUCAACAAAGAAUAAUGAAAGAGAAGGUAAUCUAUUAAAUUUGAUUCAAGAUGUUAUCAAAAUUCCAUUAGCUACACAAGAUGAAAUAAAGAAAUUGGAUAGUUUAAAUAAGGAAACAGAUUCAGAAGAUUCAGAUAAUGAAGAUGAAGAUAAAUCCAAGAAAAGAAAGAAAAAUUUUAAAAGAAAGAGAUUACCACCAGCAAAUCAAUUACCUUCACCACAUUCAACAAUUGUUUUCGUUCCAACAAGACAUCAUGUGGAAUAUAUCACCACAAUGUUGAAAGAUUCAGGUUAUGCAGUUUCCUUUAUUUAUGGUACUUUAGAUCAACAUGCCAGAAAAAGACAAUUAUUGAAUUUCAGAGCAGGUCUUGCACCAAUCUUGGUUGUGACAGAUGUUGCUGCAAGAGGUAUUGAUAUUCCAGUUUUGGCUAACGUUAUCAAUUAUUCGCUUCCAGGUUCUUCAAAAAUUUUUGUUCAUCGUGUUGGUAGAACUGCAAGAGCUGGUAAUAAAGGUUGGGCUUAUAGUAUUGUUUCAGAAAAUGAAUUACCAUAUCUAUUAGAUUUGGAAUUAUUUUUGGGUAAGAAGAUUAUGCUGACUCCAAUGUUUGAAAAGAAAUGUGAAAUUUUAAAAGAACAACAAGGUGAUUCAUAUGUUGAACCAAAAGUCUCAUAUACUGAAAGAAUGGUUUUGGGUGCUGCUCCAAGAAUGAAUGUUGAAAAUAUGAGUGAGUUAUUCACUAAUUUAAUCAAUAAUGAUUAUGAUUUAAAAGUUUUACAAGGUGUUGCUGCAAAAGCUGAAAAAUUAUAUUUUAGAACAAGAACAUCAGCUUCAACAGAAUCUGUUAAAAGAGCAAAAGAAGUUAAAAUCGGUGGCUGGGAUGAACAAAACUUAUUAUUUGGGAAGAAUUUAGAAAAAGAGAAAUUAGAUUUUUUGGCUAAAUUACAAAACCGUAAUCAUAAAGAAACUGUUUUUGAAUUUGGUAAAAGAGAUGAUAGUUUAGUUGAUUUGAUGAAUACUAGAAGAAGACAAAUCGCCCCAAUACAGAGAAGAGCUAAAGAAAGAAAAGAAUUAUUAGAAAUGGAAAGGAUUGCAGGUUUAACACAUGGGUUAGAGGAUGAAAUUUUGAAAGGUGAUUCUAAUGAAGUUGGUUAUUCCGUUAAUGAUAAAGUUUUAGAUGAUGAAUUUGAAACAGCUGAAGAACUUUUAAAUAGUAAAAAGCCAAAGAAAUCUUUUAGAGAUCCAAAUUUCUAUAUGAGCCAUUAUGCACCAUCUGCUGUUAUUCAAGAUCAACAAUUAUCAUUGAAUUCAGGAUUCACAAAUGAUGCUCAAAAUGCCACUUUUGACUUAAAUAAUGAUGAUAAUAUUCAAACCCAUAAACAAACUCAAACAAUGCAAUGGGAUAAGAAAGCUGGUAAAUAUGUUAACUCCAAAUCUACCGAUAAGAAAUAUAUUAUUGGUGAAAGUGGACAAAAGCUUCCAGCAUCUUUCAGAUCAGGUAGAUAUGAUGCAUGGAAGAAAGGUAAGAAAACUGAUGGUGUUAAAGUUGGUGCUAGAGAAAGUGCUAAUGAUGGAGGAGGUGGUAAGAAAUUCAACCAUAAGAAACAACAAGCACCAAGAGCACCAGAUAAAAAGAGAGAUGAUUACCACAAACAAAAGAAGAAGGUUGAGCAAGCUUUGGAGAAAGGUAUUCAUGUUAAAGGUUUCAACAAGGCUGGUAAGGGUUCUAAUGAGAUGAAAUCCACUGAACAAAUCAGAAAACAAAGAGAGCUCCAGGAGAAGCGUCGUGCAAAGAAUGCUCGUCCUUCAAAGAAGAGGAAAUAG